GGAUGCCUCCUUACUAACGUAUCUCAACAGUACAUUCUUCUGGAACGUUGUCUGGAGUCCCACCAAGUUAACCCAUCAGAGAGCGCGCUAUUUCACCUUCAAAAAUUCACUCUUUUUUUUUUCAAAUAGUAUUUAUUAAGAUCUUCAAAAAAAAAAGGAAACAAAGCAUUUACAUAAAAUAGAGAACAAGGGAAGGGGUAUGGGUAACAUGUAAAAAAAAGGGGAAAAGUAAAAAGGAAGAAAAGGAGGGGAGGACCAAAAAAAAACAACUGGCGGGGGGUGAUGUUUUUGUCUUCCAUCCUUAUUCUCAUGGGUUUUUUAAUUUCAUUUGUUCUUGAUUAGUCCUGGUUGUUUUCUUUAUUUACUUUCUACCUCUUCUGUUCCAUAGGUUAUUCUUUCUCUUUGUUUAUGUAUUCUUCUAUACGAAGUCCAGUCUGUUUUCUUGAUUGGCUGUCCUCUUUGAGUCUUUAGCAAAAAUGUUAAUUCAUCCAUAUCUCGGAUCUCUUCCAUUUUUUCUUGCCAUUGUUCUUUCGUUGGCGUAUCUUGCGAUUUCCAUUGUUUCGCAUAAACAAUUCUUGCUGCCAUAGUUAUAUAGGUAAAGAGUUUAUCCUCAUUUAAAUUUAUGUUUAUUUCCGUAUCUGUCAAUCCCAGUAGGUAAUAUUCUGGUUUCAUCGGAAAGCGUUUUUUCAGUAUUUUUUGGGAUUCCAUGUGUAUCAUUUUCCAAUAUUUAGUUGUUUCAGUACAAGUCCACCAUACGGUUUCACUCUUGAGCCCUGAAGGAGGGAGUCCCCUACUACUAGUACACGUUUCCUCUGGGGACAGACAAGGCCCCUUUAAGGUGUUGAAUCUGGUAAGAUGCCCAGCAGAUAUCCUGAACACUGACUUUGUUGCUCUUAUUCCUGCUCCUCUUCAUUUUUAAUUGAAUUCUGUAGCUCUUCCUCAGAGACAUUCCCCCGAAUUCAUCAAUCCAUUCAGCGGUGUCCAAGAACCCCUUGUCCUUCUCAAAGUAUUCUUGUUCUGCAUCAUUUCCGAUUGGGUUUCAAAGAACAUGAUAUGCCAGAAAACAACUGUGGUAGACAGAAAGAACGUUGGUUUUGGGGUGUGGCGAUCCUAGAAUGCUGAAGAGGAGUCCACCACCCAAAUUGAUUAGUUUCAGAUUUAUCAUCCCAUCAAGGCCAAAAGCCUGUCAGGAGUUAAUUUCUUUGUGAAAGGAUUGUGAAAUCAAUUGAGGCUUCCAAGAUGAUAGGAGGAGAACGAAGCUGAGCCCACCGUAUCAUUUCUGGAGUGCCACAAACUAUUGUGAAAUGAGCGGAAGCACUUUCAUGAGGAGAUCUCAGAGAUCUCCUGACCUACUCUGGUAAGAAAAAAAACCCAAACACUUAGGUGGUUACACAAGUAGAAGCAGAUGGGAAGCUCUUCGUCCAUCCCGACAGCCACUGCCCUGAUGAUGGAAGAUGAGGAGAAGAGCCCAGCUCCAUCGUGUCUAAGCCCAAGAGCAGAUGGAAGGCCCACCUUCCAACCCAGUUGAUGCCACCUUAGAGCGAGAGAAAGGGAGAUUGACACGACUCCAUUGUGUCUCAGAUACCAAUGGAAGAAGGAAGUGAAUCCUUCAAGCCCAACUGCCACUGCCCUGUCCUCAAAGGCAGAGCUUUGACUUGUAACACCUCGUGUACAGUGACGACACUGUGUAACUAAAUGGUUAAUGAUACGAACCUUGUAAAGACUUGGCCAAACUCCUUGCCCUGUCUGUCCCUUUGUUUUCGCUUGUGUCACGACCUCCAAGAUAGCCGUUGCAUCUCUCCCAGACGUCAGCUGUUCUUCACAUGAUUCGCUUUGAUGGGCGAGAGUGAGUGUCCUCAGCAACAUCCCGUUCGGGACGGUUCUUCCUCUUUCCAAACUGGAAUCAAUUCAGUCCGGUGGGCGUUGUUUUCCCGUCAUCAGCGUGCCGUGACUCUAUGAGUGUCGCCUAAGUCUCCCUUGUCUAUUAUUAUCUCCGCAGUCACACCACCUGAGAACGUGGUCCUUUCAACCGCGGGUGGCGAGAAUCAUCCCUCAUUGAGCAAAGCGAGUUUUUGUCUUCCCACCAUUAAUUGAUUUGUUCUUCUUCCCGUCCCAUGGUUUUGACUUUCCGAUUCAGACCUAUAUGGCCUCUCUCCAGCAAGAUCACAUGAGGAGCGGCUGGUUAUGAAAUCAGGUUGCGGAGAGAUUUCCUCCAACUCUUUUGACAGCACUCCAUCACUUCUCCUGACCGCUGCAUAACUCACCGCUCAUCUUAUCUCCGGCCAUGCAGACCCCGAGGGCUUCAGGAGGACCUCAUGAAGACAUCGCUCCUCCGAAAACGGCCACCUUCUCCAGGGUCGACACCUUUAGUGCCUCCCACAGAACGGCCUGCAAAUCUUUGACUGACGCAGAGAAUAAGAAGCUGUUUGGGCCGUGCAACCAGAAGCACGGGCACAAUUAUAAAGUUGUGGUGUCAAUCAUUGGAGAAAUUGACCCCAUUUCUGGGAUGGUAAUCGACCUGAUGGAUUUGAAAGCCUAUCUGCAGGAGGCCAUCACAAAGCCUCUGGACAAAAAAGACUUGGAUGAAGAUGUCCCCUAUUUUGCAAACGUUGUCAGCACAACUGAAAACAUCGCAAUGUUCAUCUGGGAGAACCUCCAGAAGUAUUUGUCCCCGAACAAGCUUCACAAAAUAAAACUCUACGAAUCAGAGACGGUCAGCGUCACUUACAAAGGAGGAGCUCCUUUGGCUUUCGCGGCAGGCGACCAACAUGAGCUUCCCGAAUAACCUGUAAUUACCUCCCACAAUGACAGGCUCUCUCUUUGAGCACCUUUUUGGAUUCGCCACAUCAUUUAUACACCAGACACUCCAGUACAAGGGUCCUUUGAGGGUCCCUUUCCUUAUCUAUGAUCCUAUGAGACCAUCUAGAUGGCCUUUGAGGGUCCCUUUCCUUAUCUAUGGUCUUAUGAGACCAUCUAGAUGGCUUUUGGAGGUCACUUUCCUUCCCUAUGGUCUUAUGAGGCCAUCUAGAUGGUCUUUGGAGGGCUCUUUCCUUAACUAUGGUCUUAUGAGACCAUCUAGAUGGCUUUUGGUGGUCACUUUCCUUACCUAUGGUCCUAUGAGACCCAUCUAGAUGGCCUUUGAGGGUCCCUUUCCUUAUCUAUGGUCUUAUGAGACCAUCUAGAUGGCUUUUGGAGGUCACUUUCCUUCCCUAUGGUCUUAUGAGGCCAUCUAGAUGGUCUUUGGAGGGCUCUUUCCUUAACUAUGGUCUUAUGAGACCAUCUAGAUGGCUUUUGGUGGUCACUUUCCUUACCUAUGGUCCUAUGAGACCCAUCUAGAUGGCCUUUGAGGGUCCCUUUCCUUAUCUAUGGUCUUAUGAGACCAUCUAGAUGGCUUUUGGAGGUCACUUUCCUUCCCUAUGGUCUUAUGAGGCCAUCUAGAUGGUCUUUGGAGGGCUCUUUCCUUAACUAUGGUCUUAUGAGACCAUCUAGAUGGCUUUUGGUGGUCACUUUCCUUACCUAUGGUCCUAUGAGACCCAUCUAGAUGGCCUUUGAGGGUCUCUUUCCUUACCUAUAGUUUUAUGAGACCAUCUAGAUGGCUUUUGGUGGUCAUUUUCCUUACCUAUGGUCCUAUGAGACCCAUCUAGAUGGCCUUUGAGGGUCUCUUUCCUUACCUAUAGUUUUAUGAGACCAUCUAGAUGGCUUUUGGUGGUCACUUUCCUUACCUAUGGUCCUAUAAGACCAUCUAGAUGGUCUUUGAGGAUCCCUUUCCUUACCUAUGGUCUUAUGAGACCAUCUAGAUGGCCUUUGAGGGUCUCUUUGCUUACCUAUGGUCUUAUGAGAUCAUCUAGAUCAGGGGUCCCCAAACUAAGGCCCAGUGCUCUGAUCCUGAAUUGAUAUUAUGGGCUUCUCUAGCUUUAAAUAACUCUACUUGAUCAAGAGCAAGAAACCAGAAAACUUUUUUCCUUAAAUAUGUUUUUAUUUGUUUUGGCUUUGUGUGUGAUGUGCAAGCAGCCUGAGAGAUGGAAGAAACACACCAAGAGAGAGCCACAUUUCUGGACUUUGCAUUUCAGUUUCUCAAAAGUUUGGAAAUGAUAGAAAUGAUAGAUGACCAUGACCAGUGAGUGAAUGAGGUCGGAUGCAUCCCAGCCCAAAAGCGUACAUGUUGUGGACUCAACCUCUGCUCAACCUACAUAAUAAACAAGAAUCCCAAGACAAAUACAGGUGCUGUCCUCUUUCUUAACAUGUGUCUCUUUUCCACCAAUUUAUUCCUGCAGGUAAAAGUAUCAACGGAGGAUAAAACUGCUAAUAAAGAUAAUAUAUUUUAA